AUGAAACUGUUCUCUCUUUUUAUUCUGGUCUCUACCAUUGUCGCCUGUUCCGCUCAAUCGGACCAAGAUGCCAUUCAGCAGUGUCAUAACUUCUUCAAGGGAUUCAUGAGAGCUAUUGAAGAUGGAGACCUCUUCAAGCUUCUUGCUCAUUUCUCUCCACAAAGUGGCGAGACCAAUCUCGAUGCUGAAGCUCUUCUCCGCGACUUGAAAGACACUCGUAUCUCAUUCCGGUCCGCCAAAUUUGUUGGAUCCAACAUCGAAGUCUCUGUCAUUUUCCGUCAGCCAAGAUCUGAGAAGGCAUUCAGAUCCGCUGACUUUGUUCUCGAGAAAAAUGCAGAUAUUUCUGCCUGGACCAUCAAGAGCAUGAGUGAUUUGAAAGGGGGAGCUCCAGGAGCCAAGGGAAUGCUCCCACCACUCGUUAUGGGAUGA